AUGGAGAAGUUCGAAAAGGAAGCCCUCAGCACAUUCCCCGACACUCCCCCGGCCAACUGGUUCCGCUAUGUCGACGACACGUGGUGCAGACUGCAGAAGAGAAUAGCGGACAAGUUUUUCGACCACAUCAACAGCAUUGACAGCAACAUCAAGUUCACACAAGAAACCAGCCAUGACAACUCCCUUCCGUUCCUGGACUCCAAUGUCACUGUACAAGAAGACGGCCGCCUCAGCGUCGAUGUGUACAGAAAGCCAACCCACACGGACCAGUACCUGGAUUUCAACUCCCACCACCCCCUGGAACAGAAACUGGGCGUCAUAAGGACCCUCUUCCACAGAGCGGACACUAUCAUCACUUCAGAUGAAGCCAAGUCCAAGGAACACAGCCACCUGAAGAACGCCCUUAACAAGUGUGGGUACCGAACCUGGACCUUCAACAAAGCCCUACAACCUACCGACAGAUCUAAGAAACCAAGAAGCAAACCACUCGACAAGAAGAACACUACCAACAUCACCAUCCCUUACAUCGAAGGAGUAUCGGAGAAACUGCGACGCAUCCUCCAGGGCUUCAACAUCGGCACCAACUUCAAACCCUAUUCUACCCUAAGACAGAACCUGGUUCACCCCAAAGACCGCGUACAGAAAGGCAUCAAGUCAGAGGUGAUCUACAGACUCAAAUGCGAGGAACCUAACUGCAAUGACACCUACAUCGGGGAAACCAGCCAACCUCUGAAGGAGAGAUACAAACAACACUGCAGGGCUACAGCAAGCGGCUACUCUUCUGCUAUCUACCAUCACACCAAACACAACCAGGGACACUCUUUCAAGCUAGAGGCAACCGACAUCCUCGACCGUGAACCACGUUGGUACGAGCGCGGAGUGAAGGAGGCCAUCUAUGAGCGCAUUUACAACCCCACCCUGAACAGGAAGGGGGGACUGCGCAUUGAACUCUCAAGCACAUGGGAUCCCGCCCUGCCACAGCCCAAGGGACAGUAA